AUGACGGUCACCUACACCACUCGUCGCUCCCUCUCCGCGAAGGCCCCCCGCUGCCUGCACAUCGACAACAUCAACCCUCAGGUCAAGGAGGCCAAGUAUGCCGUCCGUGGUGAGCUGGCCGUCAAGGCCGAGCAGUACCGCGUGAGACUCGCCCAGGGAGACAAGUCUCUGCCCUUCGACAGCGUCAUCUUCGCCAACAUCGGAAACCCUCAGCAGCUGGACCAGAAGCCCAUCACCUUCUUCCGUCAAGUCCUCAGUCUUCUCGAGAACCCUGAGCUGUUGCAGAACCCCGACGCCCUCCGCACAACCUUCGGGUACCAACAAGAUGUUUUCGACCGCGCAAAGACUCUUCUGGCCGACGUUCAGAGCGUCGGCGCCUACAGUCACAGCCAGGGUGCCCCCGUCAUCCGCCAGAGUGUUGCCAACUUCAUCGAGGAGCGUGAUGGCUACGCCGCCAACCCUCAGGACCUGUUCCUGUGCGCCGGUGCCUCGUCCGGUGUGAACACCCUCCUGAGCGUCAUCUGCGAUGGCCCCGACGCUGGCGUGCUCGUCCCUAUUCCCCAAUACCCCCUGUACACUGCCACCCUCGCCCUCCUCAACGCUCAAUGCGUCCCCUACCACCUCGAGGAACAGAGGGCCUGGGGUACCGACGUGAACGCCAUUCGCACCUCGCUGUCGCAGGCUCGCUCGGCUGGCACUGACGUCCGCGCCAUUGUGGUCAUCAACCCGGGUAACCCCACGGGUGCCUCCCUUAGCCCCGCGGACAUCAAGAGCGUGAUCGACCUCGCCGCCGAGGAGAAGCUGGUCGUCCUCGCCGAUGAGGUCUACCAGACCAACGUCUUCGAGGGCGAGUUCACUUCGUUCAAGAAGCGCCUGCGUCAACUGCAGGACGAGUUCCCCGGCAAGUACGACGACGUUGAAUUGGCCUCCCUGCACAGUGUGUCCAAGGGUAUGGUCGGCGAGUGCGGUCAGCGCGGUGGAUACUUCGAGCUGGUGGGAUUCGACCCCGAGGUUGCGGCGCAGAUCUACAAGCUCGUUAGCAUUGGCCUGUGCCCUCCCGUCAUCGGUCAGUGUCUGCUCGAGCUCAUGGUGAACCCCCCUAAGGAGGGUGAGCCCAGCUAUGAGCUCUACCAGAAGGAAUACAACGGCAUUCGUCAGGGUCUGCACAAGCGCGCUCUCGCGCUGUAUGAUGCCUUCCGUCAGAUGGAGGGAGUUGAGUGCCAGGAGCCUCAGGGUGCCAUGUACCUCUUCCCCACGAUCACCCUCCCGCCCAAGGCGGUCGAGGCCGCCAAGGCCGAGAACCGCGCCGCUGACGAGUUCUACUGCCUCCGUCUCCUGGACGCCACGGGUGUCUGUGUCGUGCCGGGCUCUGGCUUCGGUCAGAAGGAGAACACGCUGCACUUCCGUACGACCUUCCUGGCCCCUGGAACCGACUGGGUGGAGCGCAUCGUCAAGUUCCACUCCGAGUUCAUGGCCAAGUACAAAUAA